AUGUCAUCCACCGUGAACAACGGGGCGGCCAGCGUGCCGUCCCCGCCCGACGCGGCGAACGGCUUUCCGCAGCCGGGCGCCUCGUCGGGGGCCUGGCCGCGGGCAGAGGAGGAGCUGCGCGCCGCGGAGCCCGGCCUGGUGAAGCGCGCGCACCGCGAGAUCCUGGACCACGAGCGCAAGCGGCGAGUGGAGCUCAAGUGCAUGGAACUGCAGGAGAUGAUGGAGGAGCAAGGGUACUCAGAGGAGGAGACCCGGCAGAAGGUCAGGACUUUCCGGCAGAUGCUGAUGGAGAAGGAGGGAAUGCUCACCAGGGAGGACCGGCCUGGGGCCCACGUCGUGGCGGAGACCCCGCGGCUGAUCGAGGGCACCGAGCUGGGCCUGGAGUACGCGCCCUUCGACGAGGACGACGGCCCGGUGGACUGCGACUGCCCGGCCUCCUGCUACCGCGGGCACCGGGGGGACAGGACCAAGCACUGGUCCAGCAGUUCCGCGUCGCCCCCUCCCAAGAAGAAGAAGAAAAAGAAAGGCGGCCACCGGAGAAGCCGCAAAAAGAGGAGACUAGACUCUGAGUGCAGCUGUGGGAGCUCCUCACCCCUUCGCAAGAAGAAGAAGAGUGUGAAGAAACACCGCCGAGACAGGUCUGAAUCUGGGUCCCGGAGGAAGAGGCGGCACAGAUCUCGAAGCCCCAAGAGCAAACGAAAAGAAAAGAACAAAGAGAGGAAAAGGCCACACGCAGAGUCCCCAGGCCGCAGGUCCCAUCGUCACAGCAGCGGCAGCUCCCACAGCCCCUCCCUGUCCUCCCAUUACAGUAAUUCCAGAUCACCCAGCAGGCUAAGCCCCAAACACCGAGACGACGGGCGGAAGACGGGUAGCCAGCGGUCCAGCGGGAGCCGGUCGCCGUCCCCAUCCGGCGGCAGCGGGUGGGGGUCGCCCCAGCAGAACGGCGGCAGCAGGCAGCGGAGCGGAGCGCACGGGGGCCGCCCGGGCUCGGCGCAGAGCCCGCUCGAUAAGCCCAGCUCGCCCUCGCCCAGGGCCCGCGACCAGGCGGAGGCCGGCGCAGCCACGCCGCCCGCGCGGGGGAAGGAGAGCCCGAGCCCGCGCUCGGCGCCGUCGUCGCGGGGCAGAGGAGGCCGCGCGGCGGGCGGGGCGGCCAGGCGGCGGCGGCGGCGGCGGCGGCGGAGGCGGCGAUCGCGGUCCUCGGCGUCCGCGCCCCGCCGCAGGGGCCGCCGGCGCGCCCGGCCCGCGCCGCCCCGGGGCUCGUCGCGCUCGCUCAGCAGGGCCCGCUCCAGCAGCGACUCGGGCGGCGGCGCCCCCGGCCCCGGGCCCGAGCCCGGCUCCGAGCGAGGCCACGGCGGGCACGGGAAACGGGCCAAGGAGCGGGCCCCGCGCGCCCGGCCCGCCAGCACCUCGCCGUCCCCGGGCAGGCACGGCGGGCCCGAGGGGAGGAGCUCGUCGCGCAGCCCGGGCCCGCACCCGCGCUCCUGGAGCUCCAGCCGCUCGCCCUCCAAAUCCCGCUCGCGCUCGGCGGAGAAGAGGGCCCGCAGCCCCAGCCGCACGCCGUCGCCCAAGAAAACCCUGGGUCGGGACAAGGACGGGGAGAGCCGCGCGAGGCACGCCGAGGCCGAGGCCGCCCGCGCCCGGCGCCGCUCCCGCAGCUACUCGCCCAUCCGCAAGCGGCGCCGGGACUCGCCCAGCUUCAUGGAGCCGCGGCGCAUCACCAGUGCCCGGAAGCGUCCCAUCCCCUACUACCGACCCAGCCCCUCGUCCUCCUCCAGCUGCCUGAGCAGUGACUACUCCAGCCGGAGCCCCAGCCACAGCCCCAGCCCCGGCCACAGCCACGGAAGCUACAGCAGCCGUAGUCGGACCCGCAGCCGCACACGAAGUCCCUCCCAGAGCCCCACUCCCAGCUACCACAGCCGGAGCAGCUCAGAGAGUGGGGGCUUCUGA